GCGCAACUAAAAAUGGCCAACGAGACGGACACAGAGAACGGGGCGCCCGCCGCCGAGGAGCCUGUACACCCGCGACCUUUGUUACAGGGAAAUGAAGCACCGUCCGACGCAUUUUCAGUCGCUGAGAAGAACCAGUCUUCUACAGACAACUCAAAUCUAGAAUUUUCUCGCGCUCGCGAACUCGCACGGCUUCUGAAAGAACGCUCUGAAGACGCAGCUAAAGUAGUCAUGAAAAACGCAAAACCGCUUAAGGGACAUUACAUUAUCGCUGGAGAAGUGGUCAAGCCGCAGCCACCACCUGGUUUGCUCGAGCAUCUCGACGACUUCGAGCAGGACCUUGCCAGGAAGGACGCCGAGAGGAGUGUUGUUGUCCUCCGCGAGAACUACCUCCGAACUUUUUAUACCUCUGUUAGAAAGGAAAGAAGAUUAGAAAGGAAAGAAGACGAAGAUAACCGAAGACAACCCGCUCGGGGCCGGGUAGGUGUACUCGGAGCCAUCGCUAUCUCGUUGAUUACAGGUUAAGAAACCUGGCCCGGCCUGCAGCUGCCAACUGCAGGCCGUAACUGUAGGCGUAAUUGUGUUUUUUCACGAAGAACAACCCUUGCAAACAUCAAGUCGCAUUUUGUGGCGAGAUUCUAAUUCGCAGAAGUAAAAAACCAGCAGUCGGAAAACAAGAAACGAAGAUAGUAGCUAGCGGCGUCACCAAUAUAAGUUUUUUGGCUCAAGAAAGAACAAACAUAGGGAGCAGCACCAUGAACCCACCCUCAGCACAGCGCACCCAGAGGCCGGAGCCCCCUGGCGUUGGAAGAAGGCCGGCGGCAGGCGGCAGCAGUAAUACUGCCGGGUGGAAGGAGUCCGCCCGCGACCGGCGAACGGCGACCUCGGGCAAACCACUACGCAUCGGCACGUUCAAUGUCUUGACACUCGGGUCAAGAGACACGGGCUCAGGAGAACGAACUGCGCAGAUGGAAUGUUUGAUACGGGAUGCAAAAGAGCGGAGGCUGGAUGUGCUGGCAACGCAGGAGAGCAGGGUGGUUGAGUGGAUACAUGGCGAGAAAGCAGAUGGAUACAAGCUUUACGGCGGCGGGGCGUGGAAAAACAGCAGUGGGACACCAGUCGGUGGGGUGCUAUUUCUAGUCCGCGAUGGAAUAGAGGUGCAAGAUGUAGACGCGGAACAGUGGGGCCGGCACGCCCGGAUAACCCUUGCUACGCGCUGCGGGCGCAAGAUGCAUCUUCACGGAAUCUACGCACCCACCGACGCUGCGGACGGAGACGAAAAAGACAAAUUCUGGACGAAGACAGCUAAGAAAAUUUCCGACCACCCCGCGCGAGACAUAGUAAUGGUGGUGGGCGACUACAACGCGGAGAUGGGAGAACCGCAGUGGGAGCUCAUGCGCGCGAGCCUACCGUACGCGGUAGGCCCGUGCGGCCUUACGCCGGAUUUCGUGCACCGGUCCGACAACGGCCGGAGACUCCAGCAGUUCGCCGCCACGGCGGAACUGCUGGAUGUGUCAUCACUCUACCAGAGGAAGUGGUCCAAGCGGUUCACUUUCACAGGAAACUGGUCUUCGACAACAUCUAGAGCGCGGCGCGAGUACGACAGGGCACUAAUAUCGUGGAAGCACCGCGGGCUACUGCGGGGCUUCCGGGUCUAUGCAGACACGUAUCUUGCAAGCGACCACAGGCUGGUCGUGGUUGAAGUGGACGUCAAGGUGCCGAGGAAGAAAAAGAAGAACGCGGUAGCGAAUAGAUGGGUACGGACGAAGGAGGCUGCUGAAGCCUUAGAUAAGGAGCUGCAGGCAAAAUACGAUCCGGCAACAGUCGAGGAGCGCAUGACAAAUAGCGGAAAAAAUGGAAGCGAGUGGUGGGACGAUUUUGAGGCUGGGUUACGAAUGGCAAUAGAGAAAUUGAGCAAGGGCGCCGUGAAGGCGGGGCCCCGGAAGCCAUGGAUAAGCCAGGAAACUUGGGAGCGGAUCGAGACGAGGAAGAAGUGGGCAGCAAAGGGUGUGAACAAAAUGAAGCUGAACCAGAUUGGGAGAAAAAUACGCGCGUGCAUCAAGGAGGACAAGCGGGCAUGGGUGGCAGGCAAGAUAGAGGAGCUGCGGAAAGCAGACAAUGCAGGAAGGACGCCGAGAGGAGUGUUGUUGUCCUCCACGAGAACUACCUCCGAACUUUUUAUAGGCAUUGUUACGAUAAUCGAUGAGUAUCUGAAAACGGGUAAGGAACAGUUAAGCCUAUUCUUUUGCGCUCUCUAUCUAGAGCGCAUUGCUUGGCUUUUCUGUGAGGAGAAUGGCAUCUGCCACCGACUCCACCCUCCUGAGGCUCUGUUUCUGUGGACUUCUAUCAGCCACUCUUCCUUCCUACUUUCUCUUUCUUCUUCUUUCCUUUCUUGCUACUUCUUGCAAGCUGGGGGAAUGGUGAGGGAGGAAAUGGAUGUUUUUCUUGCACUAACUACAGUACGCGCCUAUUGGUGCUGGAAGAGUUUGUGCUUCUGGUUCUUAUCGCGCUUUUAUCUUGCGAUAAGAUUCCAUCACUCUGUCUUUCAACAGGCGCAGUUCUUGCGCCGGUUGGUUUUCGGGCAUUGGGAUGUUCUUUAA